AUGAUGUUCCUCGCUACUCUUCUUUUCGCUGCUGCUGGCGUUUCUGCCGCUAGCUCCGCUACAUCGCCGGAUGCUCCAGGCUCUACCUGUCUGGCUGACUACAUUCUCGAGGACUGUCUGAAGUCAACUACUGUCAAUGCCAACAACUGCAACCCCACAGACUACACUUGUCUUUGUGCAGCUUACCAGGCCAUCUUCACCUGCUACAACAACUGCCCCAAUGACAUCCGCGCUCCGUCAGUCCAGAACCAGGUUGAUUCAUACUGCCGAACUGCUUCUCUCUUGGCCACCACCACCAAGGCUGCCCCCAAGACCAAGACGUCAGGCUCUUCUAGCCCUGACGAGACUUCUGCUUCUGAGGCUUCUCCCGGCAACGAUGAGGCUGCCACCACCGAGGAGAGCAGCAGUACUCCAACCUCUGGUGGUGAGGCUGAGGUGACCGGCUCCGGUGGCUCGAAAACUGCCUCCAACGCUGCCCGCACAACCAGCUCCAAAGCUGCUGCUCCUACUAUGAUUGGCAGCGUUGCUGGUAUUUUCAUGGCUGUCGCCGGUGCUGCUGCCGCUGCUGUCAUGAUCUAG